AUGUGGGCCAGACCGGCCCAAAAACCGAGAGGCUUCUCGAAAAGGGAUCAGGUCGGGUUCUCUUCAUCGACGAGGCGUACCGGCUCGCGGACGGCACAUUUGGGAGAGGCCAUGGACCAGCUGGUGGAUUGUUUGACAAAGGAGAAAUUCUUCAAAAGGCUGAUUGUUAUCCUGGCCGGGUAUGACGAGGACAUCAAUCGCCUUAUGGCAUCGAACCCCGGCCUCACCAGUCGUUUCUCGGAGACAGUCACGUUCAAGAACUUGUCUCCCUCUCAAUGUUGGGUACUCCUGCGGGACAGUCUGGGACAGGUCCACCAAGUAGAUCACGCUGUUGUUCGGCAGCCUGAUGGUCAAUUUCACGCGCUGAUCUUGGCGUCCUUUGAACACCUAUCCACUCUUCCUGGCUGGGGGAACGGUCGGGAUGUGAAAACCAUCUCGGACACCAUUAUUAGGAGAGUCUUUUCGUGCCCUUUAGAUGAAGGCCAGACACAGAUGGUGAUCACUGAAAAAAUGGUCAGUGCAGUUCUCCAGUCCACAGUUCUGGAGCGCCAGCUGCGGGCGACGGCGACCGUCCCGAAUCUGCCGACUUCCCUCGCUGCCAUGCCAGCGAUGGCUGGACCGCACCACGCGGCACCCUCCUUCACAGCUGCUUCCUGGGCAAAACAACAGGAUAACGGGUCGACACCACCAGACACUGACUCAGGUGCCGCAACUCCAACAGAGGCUGACUUGAAUGGGCCUCGCGAUCCAGGGGUAUCUAACGAGGUUUGGGACCAACUGCAAGCUGAUCGAAAACAACACGACGCGCAAAUCAUGCAUGAUGCGGAGAUCAUUAAUGAGGAAAAGGCUUUGCGAAAGAAACUGGACAACAACUCAGAGAUGCCAGACGAUGACGAGCGACGUCAAUAUGAAGAACUUAUUAGGAGUCUUGUUCGGCAAAUGUUUGAGAUCGAGGAGCGAAAGAAGAAGGAGGAAGAAGCACAGAGGAAACUGCGGGAAAUGCGUGUCUGUCCUAUGGGAUAUCGUUGGAUUCCACAGGCCACAGGCUACCGGUGUGCAGGUGGGAGUCAUUUUGUCUCUUCGGCACAGCUGGGCUUGUAA